UAGAGUGGUAACAAAACAACAGGAACUUUCUUUAUAAAAUCCAACUCCACUAGGCAGACAUUUUUGUUUAACUUGCUUUUCUUCUUCUUCUUCUUCUCUCCCUUUCUCACUCUGAGUUUUCCUUUUUGGUCAAUCUUUUUAUUUUUCUCUUUAGUCUUAUCCGAGAAGAAGACACCAUGGGUUGUUUAGGCUGGAGAUCAGUGGCAUUGGGACUAAUUCUACUUGAGGUUUUGUUUUCUGUCAAAGUCGAGUGUUUUCCAGGUCUGUUUGAUCGGAUAUCUAGACUACCGGGUCAACCCGAAGUCGGGUUCCAACAAUACUCGGGCUAUGUGACCGUUGUUGGGAAGAAACAGAGAGCUUUGUUUUACUAUUUUGCAGAAGCUGAAGUAGAUUCAGCUUCCAAGCCUCUUGUCCUCUGGCUCAAUGGAGGGCCUGGCUGCUCUUCACUGGGAGUUGGAGCCUUUUCUGAGAAUGGACCGUUUAGGCCUAGUAGGGAAGUGCUGGUCAAGAACGAAUAUAGCUGGAAUGAAGAGGCCAAUAUGUUGUAUUUGGAGGCCCCAAUUGGAGUUGGUUUCUCUUAUUCUGUAGACGACUCCUCUUAUGAGGCUGUUAAUGACAAAAUCACUGCUAGGGACAAUCUGGUAUUUUUGCAGAACUGGUUCCUCAAAUUCCCCCACUACAGAAAUAGAAGCCUCUUCAUUACAGGGGAAAGCUAUGCUGGUCAUUAUAUACCUCAGCUGGCUGAACUUAUGACUCAGUUUAAUAAGAAGGAAAAACAGUUCAAUUUGAAAGGAAUAGCUCUUGGUAAUCCUGUUUUAGAAUUUGCUACUGAUUUUAAUUCGAGGGCUGAAUUCUUCUGGUCUCGUGGACUAAUAUCAGAUUCGACAUACAAACUGUUCACCACUUCUUGUAAUUACUCAAGAUAUGUCGGCGAGUAUUAUCGAGGGAACGUUUCUCCCAAUUGUUCGAGGGUGAUGAGUCAAGUAAGUAGCGAAACCAGUAGAUUCGUCGACAAGUAUGAUGUUACACUUGAUGUCUGUAUAUCAUCAGUUCUCUCGCAGUCCAACAUCCUUACUCCCCAACAAGUUGGUGAGACAAUAGAUGUUUGUGUAGAAGAUGAAACUGUAAAUUACUUAAACAGGUAAGAUGUGCAGAAAGCUCUCCAUGCUCGUCUUGUCGGAGUCCGUAAAUGGGCCGUUUGCAGCAAUGUCCUAGACUAUGAACUGCUCGAUAUCGAGAUACCGACAAUCACUAUUGUGGGCAGACUCGUGAAGGCUGGAAUCCCAGUCAUGGUGUACAGUGGAGAUCAAGAUUCUGUUGUCCCAUUGACCGGGAGUCGAACAUUAGUUAAUCAACUGGCCAAGGAAUUAGGCUUGAAGACAACUGUGCCUUACCGAGUUUGGUUCGAGGGACAGCAGGUUGGUGGGUGGACUCAAGUUUAUGGUAAUAUCCUAUCUUUUGCCACAAUUAGAGGAGCAUCUCAUGAAGCCCCAUUCUCACAGCCCAAGAGAUCAUUGGUUCUGUUCAAGGCAUUUUUGGAUGGCCGGCCAUUACCGGAAGCAUUCUGAUCUGCUCAACAGAUGGAGAUUGUAAGUUUGAUUGCUGAAGGUCUGAAAAUUGCAUUUGUUUGUUUGUUCCU